AUGGACUUUACCGGCCAAUACCACCAUCACUUCCCCGGCGCCCAGUCGUUCCAGGCCUUUGUGCCCAUUAACAGCCUGGAGCCCUCGGCCGUGCCGUCGGAUGACUUUGGCAGCACCACUUCUGCGCCUCACGACGCCUUUGACGCCGCCGCCGCCGCCGCCGCCGCCGAGCACUAUCAGGCAUACGACUUUGCCCCGGGCUACGCCAAUCCUGCCCACCAUCACCCUCAUCCUCACCAUCCCCAGCAGCAGCAGCAUCACAACCCAUCCUUUGCCGAUUCGCCCACCCCUCCACCCCCCAGCAACUCCAGCGCCGCCGCGUUUGGCCACCCACGGCCCCAGCUGCCUCCCCCGGCCACCAGCAGCACCAAUGGUCGCAUCCCGGGUCUCGAUGCCGCCCAGGGCUUCGACGAGAUGCCCGCCCUGCAGAGAGGGAGCGACGACGACGACUUCAUGACCCCCGCCCAGUCUAGGAGGAAAGCCCAGAACCGCGCCGCCCAACGCGCUUUCCGCGAGAGAAAGGAGAAGCAUGUCAAGGAUCUCGAGGCUAAGCUCGCCACGCUCGAGGCCGCCCAGCAAAAGUCGUCGGACGAAAACGACCGCCUCAAGCGCGACCUGGAAAAGAUUGCCACCGAAAACGAGAUCCUGCGCGCCACCUCGGCCCUUGGCAACCGCCGCAACAGCUCCCUCUCCCCCUCCCCCCCCGCCGUUGCCGGGCCCCUCCGGUACACACCGCAGGAGUUUUACUCGAGCGUCCUGCAGGGCCAUCCCAGCAGGAGCCCCGCCCACCGAGUUGUCACCGCGGACAACGGCGAGCGACUGCUGGCCGUCGGCGCCACCUGGGACUUUAUCAUCUCCCACGACCUCUACAGGCGAGGCCUCGUCGACGUGGGCGACGUCAGCGAGCGUCUCAGGAAUCUGGCGCGCUGUGACGGCCAGGAACCCGUCUUUCCCGAGAGCACCAUCCUGCACGCCAUCGAGCAGAGCGUCGCCAGCGGCUCCGACGACUUGUUAUGA